CAUGUCGGCAGAAACACCAACCACCCUGAAUAUGGACAUUCGGGAUCUGCAGAUCCAGACAGUCACUGUUGAGAAGCUGCUGGAGCCUCUGAUAAUCCAGGUUACCACACUUGUAAAUUGUCCGCAGAAUCCUUCCAACAGGAAAAAGGGACGGUCAAAGAGAGCCAAAGUUCUCCUGGCUUCUGUGGAGGAAGCAACUUGGAAUCUGUUAGACAAGGGGGAGAAGAUCGCCAAGGAAGCGGCAGUUUUAAAGGAGGAACUCACAGCUGCGCUCCAGGAAGUUCGCAAAGAGAGCAAUGCUCUGAAGGUAUCGGCUGAGAGAUUUACAGAUGACCCCUGUUACCUCCCAAAAAGGGAGGCUGUGGUUCAAGCCGCCCGCGCCUUGUUGGCUGCAGUGACAAGACUCCUUAUCCUUGCGGACAUGAUUGAUGUCAUGUGUCUCUUGCAGCAUGUGUCGUCUUUCCAAAGAACAUUUGAGUCUCUCAAAAAUGUUUCCAACAAAUCUGACCUCCAGAAGACCUACCAGAAGCUUGGGAAGGAGCUGGAAACCCUGGAUUAUUUAGCCUUUAAACGUCAGCAGGACUUAAAAUCUCCAAGCCAGAGGGAUGAAAUCGCAGGGGCCCGGGCCACCUUGAAGGAGAACUCCCCCCUCUUGCAUUCGAUUUGUUCAGCUUGUUUGGAACAUUCCGAUGUUGCUUCGCUCAAAGCCAGUAAGGACACAGUCUGUGAAGAGAUUCAGAAUGCUCUUGAUAUAAUUUCAAAUGCUUCCCAAGGCAUCCAGAAUGUGCCAACACUUUCUGAACCUCAGGCGGCAACCCUGGGAAGCGCUCUUGAUGAGCUGGAGAAUUUAAUUGUCCUGAACCCACUCACAGUGACAGAGGAAGAAAUAAGACCAUCACUGGAGAAACGCCUAGAGGCCAUCAUCAGUGGGGCUGCACUGUUGGCUGACUCUUCUUGCACCAGAGACUUCCACCGAGAGCGGAUUAUCGCUGAGUGCAAUGCCAUCCGCCAGGCUCUCCAGGAUCUGCUGACGGAGUACAUGAACAACACUGGAAAAGCAGAGAAGAGUAAUACCCUGAAUGCCGCCAUAGACAACAUGAGCAAGAAGACAAGAGACCUCCGCAGACAGCUCCGCAAAGCUAUUAUAGAUCAUGUAUCAGACUCUUUCUUGGACACAACAGUUCCACUCCUGGUUCUCAUUGAAGCUGCUAAGAAUGGCCGAGAAAAGGAAAUCAAAGAAUAUGCUGCGAUAUUUCAUGAGCACACAGGCAGACUUGUGGAGGUGGCAAACCUUGCCUGUUCCAUGUCAACAAAUGAAGAUGGGAUUAAAAUCGUCAGAAUUGCUGCAAAUCACCUGGAAACCCUGUGUCCACAGAUUAUAAAUGCUGCACUUGCUUUGGCAUCAAGACCCAAGAGUCAAGUGGUCAAAAACACCAUGGAAAUGUAUAAGCGCACAUGGGAGCAUUACAUCCAUGUUCUCACUGAAGCAGUGGAUGACAUCACCAGCAUUGAUGACUUCCUGGCUGUAUCUGAAAGCCACAUCCUGGAAGACGUCAACAAGUGCAUCAUAGCCUUGAGGGACCAGGAUGCUGAUAACUUAGACCGAGCUGCAGGUGCCAUCCGAGGACGAGCUGCAAGAGUAGCUCACAUUGUCACAGGGGAAAUGGACAGUUAUGAACCCGGUGCUUACACGGAUGGUGUGAUGAAGAAUGUCAACUUCCUCACAGGCACGGUGAUUCCAGAGUUUGUGACACAAGUCAAUGUUGCCUUGGAUGCCUUAAGCAAGAACUCGCUGACUGUGCUUGAUGAUAAUCAGUUUGUGGACAUCUCCAAGAAGAUCUACGACACAAUCCACGAUAUCAGAUGUUCAGUCAUGAUGAUUCGGACUCCAGAGGAACUGGAGGAUGUUUCUGACCUUGAAGAAGAUCAUGAGGUCCGGAGUCACGCCAGCAUUCAGACAGAAGGGAAAACUGACCGAAGCAAAAGGAAAGCUACAGAUAAAUCCAUUUACCACUUACACUGGUGGGGGCAUCAGGCUAAGAUGACUCAACUGCCAGAGGCAGAGAGGGAAAAGAUUGCCGAGCAAGUCGCUGAUUUCAAAAAGGUGAAGAGCAAGCUGGAUGCUGAGAUCGAGAUCUGGGACGAUACGAGCAAUGACAUCAUUGUUCUCGCCAAGAAGAUGUGUAUGAUCAUGAUGGAGAUGACGGACUUCACGAGGGGAAAAGGACCACUAAAGCAUACCACUGAUGUAAUCUAUGCAGCUAAGAUGAUAUCAGAGUCAGGAUCAAGGAUGGAUGUUCUCGCUCGGCAGAUUGCUAACCAGUGUCCAGAUCCACCUUGCAAACAGGACUUGCUGGCUUAUCUGGAACAGAUUAAAUUCUACUCCCACCAGCUGAAAAUCUGCAGCCAAGUUAAAGCUGAGAUCCAAAACCUGGGGGGCGAGCUCAUCAUGUCAGCCUGUUGAAAAUCAAAGCCUAAAGCUAAAGUUAAAUAAGUCAUCCCUGAAGUGACAUAAUGAGUACAUGGGUGAAACAUGAUUGACACCUGGGCCAUCUGACCACAGAGCUGACGUUCCCAGGCAGCGUGUUUAUGCCUCCCAUGUCUGACCUCGUUGAGCUCAGCAGCAUCAUUCCUGUGUGUGUGUGCGUCAUUUUCCUGUGUAGUUUUUAGACCCUCACCAGAGUCAAGUCUCCCGCUUCCCUCUGUAAGUUCAGAGCAGGAGGCACAUUGCUAAGAGGAAAGUGAUGACGUGGCUGUGUCUGGGAGCUUCUCCAUAUUCCAAAUCUUCUGUCGGCAGACGCCCUUCCCAUUGUCCCAGCUCUGUCACAUCAGCAGCUGCCCU